UUCAUGAUUUGUAUUUUACCCACGCCCAACCUUAUGGCAAAAACUCCCUUCCUCAUCCCUCUUAUGUUUCUCCUGUUAUUUGCAACCUUCAGGGCUACUCUGUCGGCCAACAUCACCAUUGAUGAAUUCGCCCUUUUAGCCUUAAAAUCCCAUAUAACUCAUGAUCCGCACAACCUCCUAGCAACCAGCUGGUCCACUUCUGUAUCUGUUUGCAAUUGGAUUGGUGUCACUUGUGGAUCCAGACACCACAGAGUCAUUGCUCUGAAUUUGUCAAGUAUGGAUCUCACGGGCACCAUUCCAUCUCAAUUGGCAAAUUUAUCUUUCCUUGGCUGGCUCGACAUUCAUAACAAUAGUUUCCAUGGCUCUUUACCUACCGAGUUAACUAAUUUGCAUCGGCUGAAAUAUUUGAACUUUGGUAACAACAGCUUCACUGGUGUUUUCCCAUCUACUUUGGGCAAUUUGUCAAAAUUAGAAAGGCUGGUCUUGUAUAGAAACGAUUUCAAAGGGCAGAUUCCUAUAACAAUUGGAAAUCUAUCAAACUUGGAAUGGUUAUAUCUGGAUUAUAAUUCUUUUUCAGGCCAUCUAGAGUCGGAAAUAUUUGAUAACAUGUCUAAAUUGCAAGUAUUAAGCUUGGCUGAGAAUCAAAUUUCUGGUAGCAUUCCUAAUAGUUUAUUCAAGUGCAAAGAGUUGAUGUUUUUAUCUUUAUGGAACAACUCUUUUGAAGGAAGUAUACCUAUAGAAAUCGGAAAUUUGACUAUGCUCCAAUCUUUGUAUCUUGGUUACAAUAACCUCAAAGGUGAUAUUCCAUCGACUGUUGGAAGUUUGACUUCUCUAGUAUUCAUAGAUAUUUCUUAUAACAAAUUAGCAGGUAUAAUAUCACAUUUUUAG